AUGAGUAUAUACUACAACGACUUGCCAUAUAACCAAUCAUGAUUUAUACAAGUUUAAAAUUCAGGCGUGAGGACAAGAGGAGGGUAAUACCCAAUUGUGACCGAGAAGAAAAAAAUAACAAAGCAAAAGAAAUUUCAAAGAUCGAGAAGAAAGGAAAAGAACUACUGUAUCGCCGACGCUUCGCUCGAGUCGCACGCCGAAUUCUCCAAAUCCCCCGUCUCCUCAGCCCUCGCCAAAACCCCAAUUUCCCCGCGAGGUUGGGAUUUCGUGGUUCCAGCGAUGCUGGAGCCGCAGCGCAUGCUCCGCGACGCCGGCGGAGGCCUUCCCUCCGCCGUCACCGCCUCCUUGCGCGCGCACCUGCUGUCGCCUGCCGAGCCCUCGCCCACGACCGGUGGCCGGCCGGAGAUAACCGACGAGGAGAUCGACGCCGACACCGCGGCCUGCUGCCGCAUCUGCCUCGAGUCCGAGUCCGAGCCCGGUGAUGAGCUAAUAUCUCCCUGUAUGUGCAAGGGGACGCAGCAAUUCGUUCACCGCUCCUGCCUUGACCAUUGGAGGUCUGUUAAGGAAGGAAUUGCCUUUUCACACUGCACAACAUGCAAGGUGCGAUUCCAUCUACGGGUUGAAUGUUUGGAGGACGACAUAUGUCGUAGAAUGAAGUUCCGGUUGUUUGUUGCCAGAGAUGUUACACUUGUAUUCCUUAUUAUACAAGCCGCCAUCGCUGCCAUAGGUGGUAUGGCAUAUUUGUUGGAUAAAGAUGGAAACUUCAGAAACAGAUUUUCUGAUGAUUGGGAUCGGUUUCUGUCAAAGCAUCCGGUGCCCUUUUACUACUGUGUUGGUGUGGUGGUGUUCUUUGUACUGGUUGGAUUUUUUGGGCUAAUAGUGCACCUCUCGUCUUUCAACAACAAUGAUCCGUGCUUGGCUGGAUGCCAUAAUUGCUUCUAUGGGUGGGGUAUAGUGGACUUACCAGCUUCAAUGGAAGCCUGCUUUGCUUUCGCUGUCAUCUUUGUUAUUUUAUUCGCCAUCCUUGGAGUUGCAUAUGGGUUCCUUGCUGCAACUCUGGCCAUCCAGAGGAUCUGGCAGCGGCACUAUCACAUACUUACCAAGAAGGAGCUGGCAAAGGAAUAUGUCGUGGAGGACCUUCGAGACGGUUACACACCGCCGAAGAUGGAUGCAGAGCAUGAGCAGCGUCUGAAGAUGUUGCAGCUCAUGUAGCUUCUACUAGCAAAUGAUGGACAGAAGCAUUGCAUCUUCCCGGUGCAUCAACUACAUUAGCAUAAUAUGUAUAUAGUUGGGAUAAGCAGAUUCCAGUGAUCCGCAAUCCAUGUACUGAGAUAUAAAUAGAACCACGGUUGAAAAUGGGGAAUCACAUGCAGCUCUAGUGAAGUUGACCUGCCGUGAAAUGGGGAGAUAGGUACAUACUACUACCUGGUAUUUUCUGCGAGAACGCUGCAUAUUUUUUGUCCUAGAAUACUAAAGUGAUCUGUGUAUGAACAAGUGCAGAUUAAUUUAGGCACAGUUUUCUUUUAUGUACAUUUGUUCGUUUGGGUUUGUUA